CGUCCCGCGCCUCUCGAACCCUCGCAGUAUCAACGCGUGUAAGUAUCUCUGACCAUCUCUGACGUAGAGAUGAAUUGAAGAGUCGAAGGAGACUCGAUUUAUAAAUUGAAAUGGAAGUUUUAAACCAAUUAAAACGAAUGGAAGAAAGUGUCGACGGGAAUGAAAAUGUUGAUGUGGUUUUAGAAGAGGCAGAGAUAAUCGAAUGCGGCAACGAGAUAGAGGCCGUUAACGAGGAGGAAAAUAUACAAUAUCAGAUCUGCGAAGUGAACAGGAAUGAAAACGCAGUUGCGUAUCGUGUGGUGCAAGUCGGCGAGAGCCAGCAGACCGAUUCUAUAAACACUCCUAUAAACAAUACCGUACAAGUCCUAACAUCGCCCAUAAAUGCCCAAUUUUAUGUCUUAAGUAAUCGUAACGAAGUUGCCACCGAGUCUAAAACGAGGAACGUUGCACCACGCGUUAAACUGCAGAUAGAAAAUCCACAGAGCAUACUUACUAACAUUAAAAAGAGAGACGAGAGGAGGAGAGUGACGCACAACGAGGUCGAGAGACGCCGGAGGGAUAAAAUUAAUAAUUGGAUCUCCAAAUUGGGGAAACUGUUGCCGGAAUGCGAACAAACCCCGACAGUGGAGGGAGACAUGAAGACUAAUUUCGAAUUACAGAGUAAAGGAGGAAUCUUGGCGAGGGCUUGCCAGUACAUCACAGAAUUAAAGGACGUGAAGGAGAGCUUAUCGCAGAGGUUGGAUGAGAACGCGCAGUUAUCAGAGGAAGCGAAGACCCUGAGGCAAGUGGUGAAUCAGCUGAGGAAGGAGAACGCAGAACUAAAGGCUCAGCUGGCGAAACCGCGUUGCAUACUCGGCACCUAAUCGGGAGGGUCAUAAUUCUCUUUAUUUAAAAGCUAGUGUUUGUUGUUAUCUUGUAAAAACGAGAGCUCGUAGGAUACAAAUCUUUUCGUGCAAUGAACUGAUGAUCUAGCAAUUGUAAAAUGUUUAUUUACACGUAUAACUGAAUAUAUAUUUGUAUCGAAAACAAUGGUAAAUCUGUCGGUGUAACUUCAACUGUACAUAUCUUAAAACAAUAUAAACUAUUUAUAUAACGAA